AGUUGACUGGUAGAGAGGUGUUUGGACUUUUGUGAGGUUGAGGUUCAGGAGGAGGAGGAAAUGGCAUCUGUUUCUGGGUCGAAAGGUGAGAUUGAUGAAACCUCUCCGGACAUGUUGAAGAACACACCAUCAAAUAUUAGGAGGUUAGCAGAUGAGAUUGAACACUUAGAGGGGAGGCAAAAGUACCUUGCUCAGACUAGAAGUCCGUCAGAUGGUGGUGAUGUUCGUUGGUAUUUCUGCAAGAUGCCUUUGGCAGUAAACCAGCCUGCUGCAGCAGUCCCCAAAACAGAAGUAGUGGGAAAGGGUGAUUACUUUAGAUUUGGCUUGAGAGAUUCUCUUGCAAUUGAGGCUUCUUUCUUGCAGAGAGAGGAUGAGUUGCUUUCUUCUUGGUGGGAAGAGUAUGGGGAGUGCAGUGAGGGUCCAAAGGGGGCACCAAAUAGGCUCAAUUCUGCAUCAGAAAUAUCUUCUCCGGAGAGCUCUCAAGCACAUGAAGAUUUAGUUGAAGAAGAAAGAGUUGGGGUCCCUGUUAAGGGUGGCCUCUAUGAGGUAGAUUUGGUGAAGAGACACUGUUUUCCUGUUUACUGGAAUGGAGAAAAUCGUCGUGUCUUAAGAGGUCACUGGUUUGCUCGUAAAGGGGGUCUGGAUUGGCUUCCACUACGUGAAGAUGUUGCUGAGCAGUUGGAGUUUGCAUAUCGCAGUAAGGUUUGGCAUAGAAGAACCUUUCAGCCGUCAGGGCUCUAUGCAGCUCGAGUUGAUAUGCAGGGCUUCAUCCCGGGACUGCAUGCUAUUUUCACUGGAGAAGAUGAUACUUGGGAAGCCUGGCUUAAUGCUGAUGCCUCUGGUUUCUCAGGUGCUAUAGGAUUUGGGGGGAAUGGUGUUAAGCUAAGGCGUGGAUAUGCUCUUCCUCAGUCCCCGAAACCAACACAGGACGAAGUACGUCAACAAAAGGAGGAAGAAAUGGAUGAUUACUGCUCACAGGUCCCUGUUCGACAUCUGGUGUUCAUGGUUCACGGGAUUGGUCAAAGGUUGGAAAAAUCAAAUCUUGUGGAUGAUGUUAGUGACUUCCGCCAUAUCACGUCAAUCCUCGCUGAACGACACUUAACCUCAUACCAACGUGGCACUCAGAGAGUCCUCUUCAUCCCAUGCCAGUGGAGGAAGGGCUUAAAGCUUAGUGGUGAGGCUGCAGUUGAACGAUGUACUUUAGAUGGUGUACGGGGAUUGCGCGUACUGUUGAGUGCAACAGUGCAUGAUGUACUGUAUUACAUGAGCCCUAUUUACUGCCAGACUAUUAUUGACUCGGUCUCCAACCAGUUGAAUAUGUUAUACUUAAAGUUUCUUAAGAGGAAUCCCGGUUAUAGUGGGAAGGUUUCUUUGUAUGGUCAUUCCCUUGGGAGCGUUUUGUCAUAUGAUAUCCUAUGCCACCAAACAACACUGUCCUCCCCUUUUCCCAUGGAGUGGAUGUACAAAGAACAAAAUGAGAAUGAAUUGUCUCAGCAGGAUCAGAGCAACCUAUCUUUAGACCAAAACUCUGCCUUAAGUUCAGAUGAUGAAACUUCUAUUAGGGAGGGAAAUAAGAGUAAUCUGUCAGAUAAAGACAAAAUGAAUGUAGAACCAAGUUUGUCAGAGUCUGUGGAAGAUCAUACUGAAGAUUUUUGUCAUCCUGUGGGCCCUCCUGCUUCAUCAGACUCAGACGAACCCGUUGCAACCGAUGAUAUCAGGCAACCUAAUGAUUCCUCAGCAAAUGAAAAUUCUCAUGAAACUCCUAUUGAUGAGAGGGACACUAUAAAUGAUGCCGAGAAUGUGGAUGAUGGAAUUGUUGAGUUUAAUCAAAAGAUUGAUGAGGGAGUAUCUGAAUGUGAAAAAGACAAAACAAUCAAUUCCCUGAGGAAAGAGAUUGACAUGCUGAGAGCAAAAAUCCAAGAAUUAGACACCGAGUGUGUAAAGAAAGGAUGUGUAACGGAAGCAGAAAAUGGAGGAACAAACACAGCUACAAGAAAUCAAUCUAUUCCUGAGGAAAGUGAUUCAGCAAAGAGUUUUACCCCGCAAUUAAGAUACACAAAGUUGAAAUUUAAGGUUGAUACAUUUUUUGCUGUUGGAUCCCCUCUUGGUGUUUUUCUUUCCCUCCGCAAUGUUCGUAUUGGGAUCGGCAAGGGGAAAGACUACUGGGAAGAGGAUAAUAUAGUUGAAGAGAUGCCAGCUUGUCGACAAAUGUUCAACAUAUUCCAUCCUUUUGAUCCAGUGGCAUACAGAAUAGAACCACUCGUCUGUAAAGAAUAUCUCAACAAACGCCCUGUCAUUAUACCCUACCACAGAGGUGGGAAACGGCUGCAUGUUGGUUUUCAGGAAUUUAAAGAAGAAGUGUCUUUGCGCUCACAUGCUUUUGUGAACAAUAUAAAUACUGUAAAGGUAAAGGUGAUUACUCUUUGUCAAUCAAGAGACAAGGAUGGCGAAGAUGAGGGUUCCCAAGAGUCUCAGGAGAUAGAAGAGAGGUCAUAUGGCUCAAUUAUGAUGGAGAGAUUAACUGGAAGUGAAGAUGGUCGAGUAGAUCAUGUUUUACAAGAUAAAACAUUUCGGCAUGCAUACAUUUCAACCCUUGGAGCACACACGAAUUACUGGAGAGAUAACGAUACAGCUCUUUUUAUGCUGAAACACUUGUAUCGGGAUAUACCAGAGGAUUCCUACUCGUGUAGUGAACCUGUGGAAGGAAGUUCAAAGGAUGAUAGAGACACGGAGAACUGGUGUGAUCAAAGAGAGGAGGCUGAUGAAGAAUUCCCAUUAACAUUUGCGGACAAAGUAACUGUGAAAAGUUUUUCUCACAAAGCCCGGAGAACUUUGAAGUGGUGAAUCAUGCUGAUCUCUUUUGACUAGAGGUGCAGAAAAACACCAAUUCUGGAGUUAUGUUACUUCAACACUAAUCAGUAAAAGCACAAGCUCUUUUUAUACCAGAGCUCAAACGAGGAGUGUGUUGAAGGU